UCAGGGAAUAAAUCCGUGGAGCUACUCCGUCGAGUGUGUGACGUCAUCGAUGGGAAAAAUUUAUUUAUAAAUUGUCAACGUUUAAUUCUGCACUUUGCACUGCUUUGCACAGUCCUGUACCUAGGCCUGGUACCGUAUACCAGGGAACAGUUGCUGAGGUGUAGAGACUUGUUGAGGUCAUUGUGAAGACAAUUUUGUUGCCGGUUCGGUUGAAUUUAGUCAUCAGUAAUUAAUCAUUCAGAGGUUAAAUAUGAGUCUUCAGUGGACGUUGAUUGCAUCAUUCCUGUACCUUGAGAUAUUUAUUGUCCUCCUGCUAGUGCUUCCAAUAGCAUCACCAACGAGAUGGCAGAGGUUCUUCAAGUCCAGAUUUCUCCAGAGUUUGAAUAAUCAGGCAGCGAUAUACUUCUUGGUUCUGUUGGCUAUUCUCAUUUUGUUCUUGUUGGAUGCUAUCAGGGAGAUGAGAAAGUACUCUACCAUUGAGCAUUCCGAUCAUGCACAUUUGGAUGCUGAGAUGCAAGGAAACAUGAGACUCUUCAGAGCCCAGCGUAAUUUCUACAUAUCCGGUUUUGCCCUCUUUCUCAGUCUGGUAAUUCGUCGUUUGGUCCUGCUCAUUUCAACUCAGGCGACCUUAUUAGCCCAGAGUGAGGCAUCCAUGCGUCAAGCACAGUCAGCCACGACGACAGCACGAAGCCUCCUCGCCCAGAAGGGUGAGGCAGCUCAGAAUGACACCAAUGAGGCACACGACAAAGUUGUAUCCGAACUGAAGUCACAAUUAUCAGAGAUAGCUAACAAGAACAGUGAACUCGAGAGUGAACUGAGGAGAGAGAAGAAGGACAAGGAGGCCCUGAAAUCCCAGGCUGAUUCACUGGCUAAAGAGUACGACAGAUUGACCGAGGAACAUGCCAAGCUCCAGAAGGCUGAGGCCAGUGAUAAGAAGAGUGAUUAGAGGUUUCUAAUUCUCGCCUGUUUUUAUGAUCCUAUCUUAACUAAGGGAAGAAAAUUGUGGGCCCAAAUGGUGUUGCCCUGAAAUAAUCCUCUGAGGGCUAAAGUUAUUUUGCUAUAACAGGGUGACAUUUCAGGGUUGAUCGAGGCUUCAUUGGUGAUUUACUAACUUUAAAAUCAUAUUUUUGAUUAUUAUUUGUUCAUUUGAUUUUCAAUCAUUCGUUUGCUUCUUCCAUCCUCAUACUUGGACGUAAUUAAUCUCCCUCAGAGAUUAUGUAUGAUCAAAAAGUUAUCCUACAUUUUUACGUACUUUAAUAUAGUUAUUGAUGAUGCUUCAUGAAGCUAGUCAUCUGCAGUUUUGAAAUAAAAUAUGUAAUUCGAA